UUGUGAAAUUCAGCUGAUAACUGGACCAAUAGGAAAGAAACUCAGUUGAGAAAUGAAACUUCUCACUGCAUUCAUUAGCCUGGUCCUGCUUGCUAGCCUGCAGCAUGCCAGCUGCCUGCUGCCAGAAGAAAGCUGCGCACAAGUUGGGGACAGCCUGCUGCGAAGGCUCAACACCCUGAGGACAGAAUUUAAUCAAGUCAAGAACUUUUUUCAAGACAAAGAUGAUGAACUUGACAUCCUACUGCUACAAGAAGAGUUACUAAAAGAUUUCAAGGGCCAGCUGGGCUGCCAGUCCGUCUCAGAGAUGAUCCAGUUCUACCUGGAGGAAGUCUUACCAAAGGCCGAAGGCAGCGACCGGAGCAUUGAGCGGCAUGUGGACACUAUUGGAAACAAGCUGCUGGACCUGAGGCACACGCUGAAGCGCUGUCACAGAUUCCUCCCUUGUGAGAAGAGGAGCCAAACCGUGAAGCAGAUCAAGGAAACGUACAAAACGCUACAUAAGAACGGCAUGUAUAAGGCGAUGGGGGAAUUCGACAUUUUCAUUGACUACAUUGAAGAAUACUUGAUGAUGAAGAUCGGAAAGUGACACCUUCCACAACAGGGAAACUGCUAUUUAAAUCAAGCCUCAUUGUAAUAUUUAAUACCUCCAAUACCUCAAGGUUUAUGUUUACAGAUAGCUUAUAUUGGUUGAAAAGGAAACGUAAUGUAAUUUAAGCUGUUAUUUAUUGUUUGAUAUUUUUGCAUUGGUUAUAACUGUGCAAUUUGUAUCAUCAGCUUGGAAAUAUCCAGACACGCAGAAUUUCAGGAAGCAUUUUUGAGGGGGUGGGCAAUGAGCCAAAUUCGUCCCUGGUGUAAAUCCUCUGAAGUCAGGGGUAGGUAUCCCUAAGUCCUACCCCUACUGAACUCCUGUUCAGGAGACCCCCAGCUCUAAAUCCAGCAAAGCACUUCAGCAUGUGCUCAAGUGCUGUCCCCUAACUAUUCAUAAUCAAAACCCUGUCACAGUUCCUCUGUUGUGCAUCUAGGAUAGGGAACUGAUUAUUUUCAAGCGUCAAAACAAUUUCCCAUCUUAAAAUAGAAAAUUAAUCACAGCGAAAACCCAAGCCUCUCUUUCCUGAAAAGGCUUUUUGGUCUGUCGGCUUGACACGAAAAGGAAUGUGGAGGCGGACGGUUUAUGUUCAAAACUUUUAAUUCACUAGGAAACACCAGGGGCGAUGUAACAAGCAAUACAUUGCGAUUAAUCCAACUUCCUGACCUCCGCUUCAAUCCUAGCUCACUAUGCUAAGAAAGUACAGUAUUUGGAAUUAACUAUUUUAGUUCUAAUAGAACUUCUCGUGACUGCUAGUAACUAUUUAUCACAUGACUUUCAGAGCUGAUGAGCCCCCACGUGCGUCUUUGAAGUCAAUGGGUUUUACAGAUGCUCCUCAUCUCUGAAAAUCAGGCUAUUGUGUCGUAUCGUUCAGUCUUUGAAUGGGUUUUGCUCACUGUUGCUUUAGUGAGUGGAGAAGAGAAUUUAAUUACCCACCAUUUUAAGGUGGAUUUGGUAAUUUGCAUUCAAAUGCAUGAAGCUUCACACGGGACUGACACUGGUUGGGGUUUUGCUUUACAUUAAACUUUAUGAAUAAGAGGUUGCAACAGGCGAACGCUGCAGCAGACGUGUUACAACCACGGUGGGUUCUGGUUUCCAGGAUACUCUUUAUUCUCUGCACUUCAGUAGUUGCUUUGCCUUUGUUCACGGGCUCCUGGGCACCCCGCUGUGUGAAUGAGGUUGCCAGGCAAGAAGCAAAUGCAAUGAUUUUGGGGAGCUCAGUUCUAAUAUUUAGAAGCAACAGGAUGCUCCAUGCUCAGUGAAACACUGUCAGUUUGUCAUUUGCUUUACUGUACUUUGUAAAUUAUCUUUAAUAAAAGAGAAAGAAAUACAUGCUUCAAAGACUAUUUUUUAGAUCUAAUCUGACGGAAAGCACAGGGGGUCUCUCUCUUACCGGGAGAUUGUAUCACAGGCGAACUACUUAUUC